UGGAUGAUCCCUCGUGACUCGCGACCAUCAUCGAUUAUAUUUUACCGUUCAUACGUACAUGACAACUGUGUAGUGUAUGUCAGUGUAUUCCUGGCAGUGGCGUGAAUCGACAUCGCCCAAAAGCCAGAAUCCAUAAUUUAUAUCUACUUAUUUCUGGGCAUUUAGUCAUCAAACAGUAUACAGUAUACCUUAUCCAAUAUAUAUUUACAAUCUCUCUAUUUACGUGGAUUAAGCUAAGAAGAUGGGCUCGCUUUUCCGGAGUGAGGAAAUGACCUUGUGUCAGCUCUUUUUGCAAAGUGAAGCUGCUUAUGCCUGUGUUUCUGAAUUGGGAGAACUUGGACUUGUCCAAUUUCGCGAUUUAAAUCCUGACGUAAAUGCAUUCCAACGUAAAUUCGUCAAUGAAGUCCGUCGGUGCGAUGAAAUGGAGCGUAAAUUGCGGUACCUGGAGAAAGAAAUUAAAAAAGAUGGAAUCCCGAUGCUGGACACUGGUGAGAAUCCGGAGGCUCCACAACCUCGUGAGAUGAUCGAUUUAGAGGCGACCUUCGAGAAACUCGAAAAUGAACUCCGGGAAGUUAAUCAGAACGCAGAAGCGCUAAAGAGAAAUUUUUUAGAGCUCACUGAGCUCAAGCACAUUCUACGCAAGACCCAGGUCUUUUUCGAUGAGCAAGAGCACGCAGGCUUGAACCCCACCGAGUCCAUGACACGCGCGUUGAUUAGUGAUGAUAAUAUCGCCCGCCAGUCCGCCCUUGGUCCUGUCCAGUUGGGAAAACUUCAGUCGACCUGUUUUGUCGCUGGUGUUAUUCUGAGAGAAAGAAUACCGGCGUUCGAGCGAAUGUUAUGGCGAGCAUGCAGAGGAAAUGUAUUUUUACGUCAAGCUGAAAUUGAAUCUCCUUUGGAGGAUCCAUCAACAAGUGAUCAAGUCUACAAAUCAGUUUUCAUCAUUUUCUUCCAAGGAGAUCAAUUGAAAACACGUGUAAAGAAAAUCUGUGAAGGAUUUCGCGCAACUCUUUACCCAUGCCCUGAAGCUCCUGCUGACAGACGUGAAAUGGCAAUGGGUGUCAUGACACGUAUAGAAGAUUUAAAUACUGUACUUGGCCAAACUCAAGAUCACCGUCAUCGAGUGCUUGUAGCAGCAGCAAAAAAUCUGAAGAACUGGUUCAUCAAAGUCAGAAAAAUUAAAGCUAUUUAUCACACCCUAAACUUGUUCAAUCUUGACGUCACACAAAAAUGUCUGAUCGCCGAGUGUUGGGUUCCUGUGCUUGAUAUUGAGACAAUUCAGUUGGCUCUACGUCGUGGAACGGAACGUAGUGGAAGUUCAGUACCUCCAAUUUUGAAUCGCAUGGAGUCGUUCGAAGAUCCACCGACUUAUAAUCGUACGAAUAAAUUUACCAAAGGGUUCCAAGCACUGAUCGACGCCUACGGAGUGGCAUCAUACCGCGAGAUGAAUCCCGCGCCUUACACCAUUGUCACCUUUCCAUUUUUAUUCGCAGUCAUGUUUGGAGAUUGCGGCCACGGCGCGAUAAUGUUCUUUUUCGGUCUCUGGAUGGUCUUGAAGGAAAAACCUCUAUCAGCUCAAAAAUCUGACAAUGAAAUCUGGAACAUCUUCUUUGGUGGUCGCUACAUCAUAUUUCUCAUGGGGUUGUUCUCCAUGUACACCGGGCUUAUAUACAACGACAUCUUCUCAAAAUCUCUCAACAUAUUCGGUUCCUACUGGGAGGUAAACCUAGACUGGAAGACCAUUAACACCAACAAAGGUCUGUCUUUAGACCCGAAGCCAGAUUACGUUGGACACCCGUAUCCUCUGGGUAUGGACCCUGUCUGGCAGCUGGCAGAAAACAAAAUCAUAUUUUUGAACUCCUACAAAAUGAAGAUAUCAAUCAUAUUCGGUAUAAUUCACAUGUUGUUCGGUGUGAUGGUCGGUCUGAAAAAUCAUCUUUACUUCAAAAGACCGCUUAAUGUAAUCUGCGAGUUCAUACCCCAGGUUAUUUUCUUGGUGUUCUUGUUCCUGUAUAUGUGUCUGAUGAUGUUCAUUAAGUGGACUUCAUAUUCAGCGACCAACCCGGAUCCCUACAGCACUCACUGUGCACCUUCUAUUUUAAUAACAUUCAUCGACAUGGUUCUCUUUGCAUCUCCGAAGGAAAAAGAUCCCAAGGAUCCUUGCAACAAGUUUAUGUACGGUGGUCAGUUUGGACUCCAACGGUUCCUCGUAGUGAUUGCGCUACUCUGUGUACCGGUGUUGCUGCUCGCCAAACCUAUCAUGAUAAUGCGUGGACGUAAACAGCAUCAGCAGUUGAACAAUCACGGCCAGGAAAACGGAGAUGUUGAAGGAGCCGGUGCUGUUGUGCAGAAUCCAGUACACAGAGAAGAAGAAGAAGAGAUGGGUGAAAUUUUCAUUCAUCAGGGUAUUCAUACUAUUGAAUAUGUGCUCGGUAGUAUUUCACAUACUGCCUCUUAUUUACGUCUAUGGGCUCUUUCACUUGCUCAUGCUCAAUUGUCUGAAGUACUAUGGAACAUGGUAAUGAAAAUAGGUCUUACUAGUGGUGACUGGUUUGGAGGAGUAGUUUUGUGGGCAUUGUUCGCCUUUUGGGCAGUAUUGACAGUCGGAAUUCUUGUUCUCAUGGAAGGAUUGUCAGCUUUCCUCCACACCUUACGUCUUCAUUGGGUUGAGUUCCAAAGUAAAUUCUACGAAGGUACUGGCUAUACUUUCAGCCCAUUCUCCUUCGAAAUAAUUUUAGAGUCCGCUCAGACUACUACCGAAGAAUAAAUCAGUAUCAGCUUUAAUACACUCUAUUCUAUUGAAUUAAAGCUUUGGUUUGUUUAUUUUAAAUAUUGAUAAUGACAAUAUAUAUUUGUAAUGUAAUUGUGAAAAAUGUUUAAGGACAUGAAUUGAAAUUGUAAUUAA